AUGGCAAUACUGCUUCUUUGUAUUGUUUAUUCAUCAACAGGACUUAUUCCACAAUGUGGUAGAAAUAGAAAUUGUUGCAAGACUGCUGCUACACUUAAAAACGCUGGCUUUACCACUAAAGAAAGAAAUAUUAUGACAGCAAUAGCCUAUUAUGAAAGUACUUGGGGUACACAUAAGGGUCCGAAUAGAAAUGCAGACGGUAGUACGGAUAACGGCUUAUUUCAAAUGAAUAGUUAUGCAUGGUGUAGUUCAUCAGGACUACAAAAUGAUUGUUGCUGUCCAGGAACAUCUCCUAGGUGUCGAAAAAAUGCAACAUUACGUUUAUGUCGAUGCGGAUGUGGCUUUAGUUGUUCAAAAGCAUUAUUAAGUAAUGAUUUAAAUGCCCAAUGUGCUGGAAUCAUGCUCGCACGACAAGGUUAUAAAGCAUGGGCAGGAUAUAAUACCCAUGCUGCUCUAUGCAAUUCAUACGAUAUAUUUAAUGGGCCAUGUUCCUCUGGAAGUUGCUGUUCAGAUAUAUUUCCUGGUUCGGUUUGUUGUCCUCAAUCUAAUCCUCGUAAACAAGGUUGUUGCCCUUCUACACACAAAGUAUGCUGCCCGGCACCUUAUCAAGGCAAGUGUUGUUCAGCAGGAAGGCCUGUAUGUUGUGGAUUUGGUUGUUGUCCAACAGGAACACAUUGCUGUGCAAAUAAUCAAUGUUGCUCCCUAAAAAGCAGUAGCGGCCAAAUAUCGAGCCAAGCUGUAGCACAAGCAGCAUUAGAUGCUGAACAUUAA